ACCACAUUAAAAUCAGCGUAUAAAUGAAGAACAGAAGCUUUUCUCCUCUCACUCAACUUUAACUCUGAAAAGACUGCGAUUUUUGUUGCCUUUUUAUUCGAGAGAUUGAUUGGAAUCGGAAUAUUGGAGCUUUUUCAGAAGCCCCUUUUCCACAUUUCGGUAUAUAUCCUGUGUUGCAGCAACAUCCUGUGUUGUUCUUCACUCGGUUUGUGUGCUUGUGCUUUUUUUGUCUGAUUCUUGCGUUUAUUGCAUGUGGGUCUCUUUAGAGUGCUGUUUUUCGAUGUAUAAUGUUUUAGUUUUGUCCUUUUUAGUCUCUUCUGCUGCAGGUUUUUGUCAUGUUUGUGAAUUUGAUUGAUUCUCAACUUCUUUGAGGAUUCUUGUGAUCUCUGUUUUGAAAAGGUUGAAUCUUGAUUCAGAAUUCUCAGCCUACUUUGUCUGAUGGAGCAUUAUCUCCGAGGACCAGCGAGGACUUCGUGCCAGAACCUUAAAUCCUUGACCACCACGCUUGACGAGCCCAACGCCAAUCCGUCUGCCGGCUUUGAGUGCAACAUCUGCCUCGAGCUCGUGCAGGACCCCGUGGUCACAUUGUGCGGCCAUCUCUAUUGCUGGCCGUGCAUAUACCGGUGGAUCAAAUCCCAACACGCCUCCCCCGAGAAUCCCGACCACCAAAGCCCCCAGUGCCCGGUUUGCAAGACCAAGGUCUCGGAAAAGACCUUGAUACCCCUCUACGGCCGCGGCCAGAGCACGGACGCCUCCAAGGACGAGCCAUCCCGUCUCAUACCGCAAAGGCCUCCGAGCCCCCGAUGCCUGACCAACCUCAUCAUACCAAACGCGACGAGCAACUUUACUCCAUACCCAUUCGGGCAACUCCACCGUAGAGGCUAUGGCGCCCCGCCAUCCCCUCGACGAGAUUACGGAAGCUACCCCACGUCCCCGGUCCUCGGACAUGGAAGCAGCGCGCCACGCUUGGCCGACCCCAUGAUUGGGGUGUUCGGUGAGAUGGUGUAUUCGAGAAUAUUCGGGAACUCGGAGACGACAUUGUAUACUUAUCCGAAUUCUUACCAUACAGCCGGUGGCAGCUCGCCUAGGCUGCGAUGGCAUAUGGUGCAAACUGAUAAAUCAUUGAGCAGAGUUUGUUUCUUCUUUUUUUGUUGUAUGAUGCUAUGUUUGCUCCUAUUUUGAGCUAAAUGUAUUUUCAAUGUUAUGAUUUGUACAUAUUAUAGUUUAUAUAUAUGAGCAUUACAUACAAACGCUUA